GCACUAGAGUGUGCAGUGUGGUGGUAGCAGUGGCACUCAGUCUAGCUCGCUCGCCCCAGCUGUCCUGUCUGACCCUUGUGGCGGUAGACACACACACACACGGAGACAACAACAGCUCACUAUACCGGGCAAGACGGACACACAGACAUACAAGCGUCCGUCAAGAUACAACCGAGAAACAAACUAACACUGGUCAAGGAGACAAAGAGCUUCAGCUGCCACCAAGGACGAAGAGGUCACACAGGCAGUUCAGCAGGCACAUAAUAGACCAGGAAAAAAAAGCACCAACCAAGGAUUUCGUCGGCGGAUGUGAUUCAGAGAGUGACAGCGAACGAAGACGGGGGUACUAUUGAUAAACAUUAUGUCCGGUGAUUAACAGAACACUUCGACGAAACUCUUACUGUUAGCAGAAGUUGUCCGUCAUCUAGCCAGGUAUAGCUCUACGACUCACCUGUAUAUGUUCCGAGUGUGAGCGGCGGUAGACAAACUUUUGCUGAAGGUUUGGUUGUGAUGUGUGACUGACCUACACAUCUCGAAUUCUACACAGUUUGAUAGUACCAGUAUCUGUCAUCCACCGUGCCAUUGACAAGAAAAAGGUGUCAGCGCCGCCAUGAACUGAAGUAGUGGUGUUAGUGGAGUUGUAAUACAUCCGGCCACGGGGAGCUACACACACCAUCUCAAAUCCACAUUCGGCAACUCCAAGCCACCACUAUGGACGCCUUACAGUCUUUCCCAGAGCAACUCGGUUUCACAGCCAACAACACGUGGGAGGAACAUCUUGCGUUGGAGGAUGAAGCGGCUGCCUCAGAGAUAGCCAAGAUGUCGCGGGGCGUGGCGACGUUCAUAGCGGUGCUGUUCAUCGGCUACAUGGUGUUGGGUCUGACAGGGAACUUCCUCACCAUCCUCGCUCUCCUCCGCUGUCCCCGCGUCAGGAACGUCACCGCUGCCUUCAUCAUCAGCUUGUGUGUGGCUGACUUCCUCUUCUGUGUGUUGGUGCUGCCGUGGGAGGUCUCCAGGUUCCUCGCCGGCAAGUGGAUCUGGGGCGAAGGAUGGAUAUGUACCUUGUUCCCCCUGCUUAGGUACUGGAAUGUCGCGGUGUCACUUCUCUCCAUUGCCAUGAUCACCAUCAACAGGUACAUUAUGAUCGCCCACUUCAGCGUGUACAAGCUGGUGUACAGGAAGGGAUGGAUCGCCCUUAUGAUCGCCUUCUGUUGGGUGUUCGCCUUCAUCAUGCUGCUGCCCACACUCCUCAGCAAAUGGGGUCGUUUCGGGUUCGACCGUCGCCUCCAGACGUGCUCCAUCCUGGACGACAACAACAAGUCGCCCAAGCAGGUGUUGUUCGGCCUGGGCUUCUGUGUCCCCGCCAUCGUCAUCGUCAUCUGCUACUCGCUCAUCUUCUUCGUCAUCCACAAGUCUGAGAAACGCAUGAGGCAACACAGCUCCCGCAGCAUGAACGGCUCCCACCCCUCCGGCCCUUCCUUGCAGCCACAGUCCAGAGUAAUAACCAAGGUGGAGCGUGAGGCCAAGCGACGCAGGAAUGAGUGGAGGAUCACCAAGAUGGUCCUCAUCAUCUUCAUCGCCUUCCUCAUCACCUACCUGCCCAUCACCCUCGUCAAGAACCUGGACAAGAAGGUCAACUACCCAGGUCUACACGUGCUGGGUUACGUCUUGAUCUACAUCUCGGCGUGUAUCAACCCCGUCAUUUACGUCAUCAUGAACAGACAGUACCGCCAGGCGUACAAGACGGUGCUGCUGUGUCGCCGACCUCGCCUCCUCCUCACCUCCUCCCACACAGAGCUCGACAAAGCCGCCUCGUGUCGCAGGUAUGCCUCCCUCAGGUGCAACAGUUGCAUGUCUCAGCCCUCCCUCAACAAUGGCACCCCUACACCUCACCCACAUCCCAACCGCCCACACUCACGCCCACACUCAAUGCAUGACGUCUCUUACCACCACAAAAAAAAAUUCCAAACCCGCCUCCUCUGGUUCAGUACUUUCGACACACACAGCUCGGAGUCCUCUGUAAACACUAAUAAUAAAGUCAGUGAUACCUGUAAGGACUGUGAGAGACUCAAGAAGAGUCAUCGCUCUACGUGUGUUGAAUGUCAGACUCUGAAGAACACCAAGAGGAACACCGUGCUAGGCAUGACUGAGAGACUGGGUGAUCGACGGACAUACGGGGGGGACUCGACCAUGCAGGGGGGUGUCGAGUGCUCCCCACAGGUCUUCGUCGAUCAUCUCCUCCAAGUGGAAACAACCUUAACCACAGACACUGCUUAUUCCAGACCUGUUACACCAGAAAGGCCUCGAAGUCAACUGUCUGACACAACAAAACAUAAUUUCUCUAAAAGUUCUCUACAUAAUGUAUCUGAUGUCAAUCAAAAUGGUGAACACAAAGGUUUUGACAAAUCUUCCGAUGCGUCCCAUACACAAACACUUGACACAGACCAACACCAGAACCAAGUUGACUCCCAGAAAGAAACACAAAACAACAACCUGACUCACAAACAAAAACAAUCUUAUUUUAACAACAAGGUCCAGAUUGAUUCAAACGGUCGACCCCAAACUACAGGACUUGACGAGGACCAGAAUCAAAAAUCAUGUGCCAGUAAGAGUCAAGAGCCCUCAGUCGAGACUAACCCAGAGACAACAUUAACACUUGGUAGUUCCCUUCACCCACACGCUGCAGACCAAAUCUCCCAGGUGCCAACUGACGACAAAACACAUAAGAAUGUUGGCCCAAAUCCUUCCUCUGGCCAUAAGUUUGUCUUAGGGCCACACAGGACAAAUACUAAUACCAAUUCCACGUCAGAAGGUGAAGACUCGCCCUCACACAAGGUCAGAUCUGACAAACGUCUAGCCUCAAUUCCCGACGACUUGCCUUCACUUGAGGAUCAAAAUCAGACAAAUUCUUCCCGAACACUUAGUGACUCCUCACACGCUGCCAACAGUAAGACACAAACCCUUCCAAUGCACGACGAAUCCUCUCCCGUACACAGUUAUGAGGCUGAGAUGAACAGCAUUUUGAGGCAGACGCUUUCGUCCUCCUGCAACAAGCUCCUGGACGAGGUGAAUCGUGGGAUCUUCGAGAAGCACGCGUCGUGGGCACCCUGGACCCCGCCCACGACCCCUACCACAGUGCAUGAUAACCCGGUGUUCCAAGACUGAGUGUGCAUGAUUGCUAUCCAUAUUGCAUACCGCGGGAAGGGGCGCAACAAGGCGGUAGUGGAGGAGCUGAAUGACAAGACAAUGAUGUCACAGGUCUCCCUCUCUGACGCCGCCGCCAUGCCCGAGUGUCACGAACUGCCAGAAGUGUUCGUGGAUAAAUG